AUGACCGAUGCAACGUCGAGAUCCUCCAAGCAGCCGCGUCGUAUCACCGGCCAGAAGAGCCGGAAGAAGACCGCGACGUCCACCAGAAGACCCGGAGGAGGCUUCUUCAGAACACAGUAUUACUUUACCAAAGGCCACGAGCACAUGGGAGAAGCCAGAGAUGUCCUCCAGGAACAAUCUCCCUUUAUUUAUCCACCUUGCUCCAGUAUGUUCUCCUAUUUUCAAUAUUGGAAGGCGAAAAAGCGCACAUGGGACAAAGAACGCAGAAUGGGUGUUCUAAAGUCCACGGAUUCGCACGAACUUCUACGUUCCCUUCGUGUGGACGUGGAGAUCGAGGCGUUGGAGGCGAAGAAGCACAAAGAUCUGGACGAAGCGAUAGCCAUUACGGACGUGGAUCCAAAAUUCUUCAGUAAAUUGGACGGAAGGGUGAUCAAAGAGAAAUUCUCCGUGAGAGACUACGUGGACGAUAUUCGUGAGAUUUUUAAGGCUCGACUGUUAGCCGGACAGGAGAUGGACGAUUGUAUUCGUAACGAUCAGCAGUUCGUCGAGCAGCAGAAGAUACUCGACAGGAUCAAGCAUCGUUAUCACCGUUACGUGGCCGGCUUCGAGGAGUUCCUCUCGAAGGACCACGAGGAGAGCAUGAGGAUCCUGCUUGAAGCAGAGCACGAGGCCAAGUUAACCAGAGAGGUCAGCGAGAAGAGGAACCAGCUCUCCAAGGAGUUAGGCCACGUCAGACUGGACGUCUAUCACUGGGAGGAGAACUGGAGGAUGGUGAAGAUGUGCCAGAGGUUCCUCUAUCAGGUGUCUCCGAUCGCGUGGCGCGAGGAACACGACUGGAUCCAUCGUUCAGACUCCGGAGAGAGUGUCAUUCGCGGCAACACGGACGAUCUAUUCGGUCGAUACAGAACGGUCGACGAAGUUGCUUCGCUCAAUAGCUUGAUAGAAUUGUUCGAGCAGGACGUCAUGGAAGCAGGCCCAACAGAAUUAUACUUCGUGGACCCGCUCGAUCUAAUUCGCGUGUUCAGAGCGAUAGAAACGCAAAACCUGAGUGCUUUAAUCCAUUUAGAAUCUCUGGCAGAGCCGAUGUCCGAGAUGAUCAACACGAUCCAAACUGCCGAAGAACAAAUCAAAUUAGAAGUCAGAGAACUCACCAACGCUAUCAACGAACUCCAAGAGAAUAUUCGUAAACUGGAGAACAGAGCGAAAGAUCUGGAAAAUUACGCGAACGAGCUGUUGGAAACAGUGUUCAGGGAUUCUGUUUGCUCCGAGGAGGUGCUUCGUCUUCAAGUAUUCAUCGAAGUUGCUUACGAGAGCUGUGUAGGCCCGAACGAAGCCAAUCUGGAUAGUUUCUCGAUGAUGAAAUGGAUCGAGAAGACGCACGAGGAGUUGAAUUUGGAAUUGGACACGUUACCACCGGGUGUGGUCAAAGCUUGCGAGAAAGAGGGAUUCAAACAGGAACUUAGAGCUAUGAAGGAGACAGAGGAGGCUGCUAAAAAGUUCGAGCUUAUGCAUCGAUUGCUCGCCUCCCUGAAGCGUGUCAUGGAGCCACCCGUGACAAAGAGGCGACCUUUAAUGUGGCGUUCGACCCCAAGUAUUCAAAGGGCCAAGCCGAUACCGCCGCCGCCGGAGCCCACCGACGAGGAGACGCAAUUUUUGACCUUCUUCACCAAUUAUUGCAAACAGGAGGACUUCACCACCUAUCGGUCCCAAUUUCCGGACGACUUUGACCUCACGUUCCAGGCUCGGCGGCUUGACGCUUCUGGAAGCGAGGAAACUGUCGACGAGGAAGAGGAGGAAGAAGAGGAAUCUGAAGAAGAAGAUUACGAAUGA